UCGCCUGAGCAACGGAUCCAAGAAGAAGAACUUUGUAUUCAGUCUCUUUUUCUUUUCGAAUCAAAAUCAAUUUUACCAUUUUAGUUAUCCGGACGGUUUAAUCCGGUUUCGUACCCAAUUAGAUGAUUGUACAAAGCAAGUUUCAAACUUUCUCUUUCUUCCUCAUUGCUCGCCUAAAGGAUUCUCUGAUCCGAGCAGCAAUCUCAGUCCAAAAGCUUGCUUUCCUGAAUUUUUCUCGAAACCAACCCCUGAUAUCGAAACUUUUAGUUUCUGAGAAGGUCCAAAGAAAAAUGGAAGAAGAUUGCUUCGACUUGUUGAAUCAGUUCGAGCACGUUCUUGCAUCUGACCCACUCAUUGAUGAAGUUGGGUUUAUUCACCCCUCACAGUUCACAAUGCUGGAUAAAGAAGCAGGAUUCUCCAGUGAGGUUGGAACCUCAACAAGUUUCUGGAAUCAAGAUCAUAAACUGGGAAUAUCUACAGAUAUACUUAUCCAACUAUGCAAAGCUGCAAAACAUGCGUUUCUGGCUGCAUUUAAGGAGUACAAAUGCCAUGAGUCUGGGGUCUCUUGUUCCUUUCCUACUCUUGAGAGCAAAGUCAUGAAGCAUAGCCAAGCUCUUUUGCUGUUAAGCUCAGACUUUGGGACCGCAUGGAACGCAAGGAAGUUGAUCUUGUCGGAAAAAAAUCAGCCCGGGGUACUCAUGGAAGAACUUCGUCUUUCUAGGCUCAUUCUUUCAAAUUGUCCAAAGAGUGAACCAACAUGGAGCCAUAGAAGGUGGAUAAUUAAGAUGAUUUCUCGGGGAUUUUCCACAUUACAAGAUAUUAUCAGCAAAGAGUCUGAGCUAGUGGAAUCGAUAGGCGAGAGAUCAAAGAUGAACUAUCGUGCAUGGUAUCACCGUUGCUGGUUGGUUUCCUACAUGACAAUCGAGCAGGUGCUACAAGAGUUGAGCAAAUCUAAAAGGUGGGCAGGGCUGCAUGUAGCUGAUAGUUCUUGCUUCCAUUAUCGCAGACGGCUGAUGCUCAGGGUUUUGGAGUCACUUAAUGUGAAAGGAAUCAAUGCGUAUGAUAAAACUGAGGCACAUAAAAUCUGGAUGGAAGAGCUUGAUUGGAACAAAGAGUUGGUAGAACGUUACUUGGGACGAGAGGCGCUGUGGCUUCACCGGCGAUUUCUCUCUCUUAAUUGGAUAAUGUAUUUCGCUCGCAAUCACUCCUCUGAAACUGGACAGAGUAUCAUCAUGAAUGAAGAAACUGUCAUCUUCAUUGGUAAUGAGAUCCAUCUUCUAGAAUCUUCUAUGACCGUUCCGGAUACAAAGUUUGAAGAUUUUCAAGCUCAAGCACUGCAUGCUGCUGUCUACAUGCUAUGGCUGACAAAGCAUAUUCCAGAAUUGUGGAGGAUGCUUGAGGAGAAGCUUGGAACAGAGAAACUCGAGUGUGUGCUGAACACAGUUGCUCAAGAGAGACCCCCCUCGUUUUUGCACCAAUUAGAUAUUUUUAACUAAUUCUAGCUAAAGUCAAACAAAGAAAAGUCAACUUGUCACGUCGUUAACAUGUAAUUGUCAUAUUGUUACAUCACAAGACAAAAUAUUCGUACAUAAUGCAAAACAUAGUCAACGAAAAUCUUAUCAAUCA